CUAAUGUUAUUUACAAUGAAGUGGAUUGAUUGGGUCGUGUUUACAAGUUAUGGGUAUCUCCAUUUUUGCAUCGAUGGAAAUAUUUCUUUUUGUUUUCUCACGGUGUACAACUGCAUGUACGAAUGAAAAUACAUCUUCAACUUGUUGUCCAGGCUAUCGAUUCGUCAAUGGAAUAUGUAUUGAUUGUCUGUUGGGACACUUUGGACCCAAUUGUUCAUACAGCUGUCCUUAUCCCACUUAUGUACAUCGUUGUCUUGAAAAGUGUAUGUGUGAGAAAGACAAAUGUGACAUUUCAUUUGGAUGUGGUCAUGAAGGUUCAAAAACUGCAUCGAACAAAAUAUUCCAAAGAAAGAAAUCAUCCGAAAUAUCCCGCAGAAAGAAAUCAACAAGACUUUCAGAGAUCAUGAUUGCCGUUUCUUUCACGGGUUCUUCGCUCAUAGUCAUCCUGGUGCUGAUCACGAUUUAUCAAAUCAGAAAAAAGUGUAUUCAUUGUCAAGAGAGACCACCUGUGGCAUCAGUGAUAAACGUAGAUAGACACAGUGAACAAGUGGGUAUAUACUCUGAAAUUAAUUACAAUAGAAUAAAUUGACAUGAUCAAAAUGACAUAGAGCUGUAGGAUUACUUUGUGCACGAUACUUUUGAAAGGGAUCCUAAAGUCAAGUUUGUAAUAUAUCAAGUCAUGGAAGGCAUGUCAUGAUUAGCUUUAUAAAUAUAUCAAUUAGUAAAUCUAUGAUUGAUUCAUUCUUCGUCAUGAUACAUGUAUUAUCAAUUUCUUUGACAUGAUCCGCUUCAUCUGUAAUUGGAUAGGACAAUUUUACAUUCAAUUUCGACCUCUUUUUAAUUUUGCUGCAAAUCGUAUGUCCAAGCUGCCAUUUCGUAAAAUAUGCGUGGAUUAUAAAAUGAAGUACGUCUUCUGUGUAGAUGCCUGUUAGCUGAUACGCAGCCACAUGUAAAUUAUGACCACAUUAAUUAAGAUAUAUUUUUAGACUACAUUCUUGUCUAUAUACAAUGUUGCAACAUGUAUUAUUUUCCCUGAAUUUACAAAUACAUGUAUUGUCAUUGGCCACAGUUUUUGUCGACGUUUCCUGCACAUAUUGCUGUCCAUUGGUAUGGUAAACUGCUUCUGCGCAUACUCGUAUGUUAGUGUGUCUCUUAUUUUAUUAUCUCCUAGUAAUUAGGAUUAGUUAUCUCUUUUUUCACUAAUUGUAAUGUUAGUGAACUUUUUUAUUUGUUGUUGUUUAUUGUAUGUAAUUGUGAAUGUAUCAUAUUCACAAUUUUUUAUUGGAGGAAAUAAAGAAUGAAUGCUAUUGGUAA